GGGCCUAAUUUAAUCCAGUAAGACUAACAGAUGUAGCCUAUCGGCUGGUCUAAAGUCCACCCUGUGUUGGUUGGCCUAAUUCUGGUUUCUGCUGGUUUGAUUAAAGGCAUGCAGGCUGUGUAGUCUUCAGUCGGGUUGUCUGUAAAGUUUUUUGGAAGUUAAAGGGGUAAAAUUGGAAUAAACGUAGCGCGUUUGAGAACAUUUGUCCCUCCGCGGACACCAUAUAAACAUUUCCGGUCAUUCCACCUUCUUACAUCUGUGGCUUCCAUUGCAUGCUCUUAAGAUGAGUAUGUGUUUCAUAAACUGUGUUUUCACAUAGAUUGUUUUUAUUAAACGUAUGAAAUGUCUGGCUUGCACAGCGCUAAAAUAUGGGAACUAUCGGAAUUUGAGGACGAAACCGACGCUAAGACAAAUUCUGAUUUAAACAAGACCGGUCCGUCAGUAACCGUAAGCAGCACAGACCUGAAAGAGCAUCAGAGUUCAGAUCACAAAUGCAAAACCUUGCCAGCAACUAAAAGCAAAUCUAGACAAAUUUCUGCUUUAUCUCCUCCGCGACGACAUGGAUCUGGCACACAAAGUUCUGCAAGACAACGCCGCAGCAAGGAGGAGAUAGAGGCGGACAGACAAAAAGCCAGAGAGAGGCAGAGAGCAGCCAGAGCCCAGGAGAAGGAGGAGAAGAGGAAGGAGCAGCAGAAGAGGAGAGAAGCUUCGGAGAACCUCAAGAGUCUCAGGCCGGAAAACUGCCUCAAGUGUCUGACAGUCUGCAUUGAUCCAGCUCUUCUGCAACAGGAUGGCUCAGACAUCUUGCUUGACACCCUGGUUACUUUUGAAUGGAGGUUUAGCAUUGAGAGCCAGCAGCUUCCUCACAGCAUCACCUGGAUAAGAGAUUUACCUCAGGGAGGAGAUGGCAAAGGCUUUGUGGAGGAGGAGCACAUAGUUCUGGUGCUGGGUCUGAAUGACUUCAUGGACAUAGUGAUCUCUGUGAAGAAAAUGCUAGAAAGUGAAGGGGAGGGGUCUUCCUUCAAUCCUCUUUUGGAGUAUCUCAAUAGUGAUCGUCAAAAGGUGGCCACUCUUUUAGUCAGAAACUCUCAGACAGAUUACAGGAUAAAUGCUUGUGGUGAGCAUUUACUAAAUGAGAUGCUACAACUCAAAAUGGGGAUGGACAAUCUGGACAUCGAGGAGGUUCUUGUGUACCUUCAGCUCUGCAAGAAUAUUUCACUGGUCUUCCUGGAUGGCUGGCAGGAGGUCACUAACCACGUGUGUGCUGUCACCAAAGCCUUAUCAAAACGCCCUUUCAAACUGCUGACAGAGCAGGCAGAGCUGCCGUUCUGUGUGGAUGGUUCAUGGGCCAGUGGGGUUCGGGUAGAGAGGGACGGCUCAGGGCUGAUCCAGGUUUGGAGCAAACAGAUUCAGCAGCUGAACAGAGUGAGCCCUGCUGUGGCCUCUGCUGUGACUGCAGCCUACUCGUCUCCUCAGCUGCUGAUGCAGGCCUACCAGAGGUUGGGCUCAGAAGAGGAGAGGAAGGGGCUGCUUGCUGAUCUUUUAGUGAAAAGUGGAAGUAACGAAAGACGUAUAGGACCCGAAAUAUCAGCCAGAGUGUACUGCUGUUUCACAGCCCAGAACCACCAGCUGAUCCUGGACUAAUUUGUCCACUUGGGCAUGAAAUGGAUGGAUGUUGCCAAACCGGUUUCUAAUGACAUUUGCCUGCUAAUACAUUAAUGUUGAUGUUUACAAGUUAAAAAUAUACCGUAGAUAAUCAUGUUCCCCUUCCAGUAAAUCUGAAUUUAAGGACCCAACUAUAGUAAUAGAAUAUACUUUGUACAAUUACGAAUUAUAUGAUCCACCAUUCUCCAUAAAUAGAAAAUGUCAGGUAAGUACAUGAUUUUUUUUUGGUUUAUAUAAAAAUGAGCUAUAACAGAACUUUUUGUUUUUGUUUCAUGUUAUAGAAUUGCCUGAGUAAGAAAGUUCAUAAACAAAGCAUAACCUUGUAAAGAAAACUACAGAUGAGUAGCAAAUCCUCUUGUAACCAAUAACACAACCACUGUUCAUAUUCAAAUCAAAUGCUGAUUAC